AUGAAGGCAUCUGAAGCAGUCUAUGGGGCACUGGGUUUGGUGGCUAUCUUUUAUUUGAAAACUUUGCUUGAGAGAUACAAGUUGCCUCCCGGACCCCUUCCCAUGCCACUCAUAGGCAACCUGAAUUUGGUGGAUCUGAACAAGCUGUAUAUCUCCCUGACAGAGCUGUCCAAGACUUAUGGGCAGGUGUUCACUGUACACAUGGGUCCCAAGAAAAAAGUGGUACUCGUGGGUUAUGAUGUCAUAAAGGAUGCCUUUUUAAGCCAUGGUGAAGAGUUUGCAAGCAGGCCGGAAAUCCCGAUAUUUAAAAAGAUCGGGGAAGGACAUGGUGUUAUUUUCAGUAACGGAGUAAAAUGGAAAAUUAUGAGAAGAUUUUCUUUACAUAAUCUCCGCAAGUUUGGAAAGGGAAAAAAUGCCAUAGAACUCAAGAUUCAAGAUGAACUGCAUUCCCUUGUUAGAUAUUUUGAAUCUCACAAAGGUAAACCCUUUGAAACACCAGUUAUCCUGAGACAUGCCGCUUCAAAUAUCAUUUGCUCCAUCCUUUUUGGCAACAGAUAUGGAUAUGAUGAUUCUGAAUUUCAGUAUCUGUUGAAGCUCUUGGAAGAAAAUAUCAAACUAAGUGGCUCUUCCAGGAUUGAGCUAUAUAAUAACUAUCCUUUUCUGGGAUUCAUGAUUGGAGCCCAUAGGAUGAUCCUAUGGAAUAUUGAGCAGAUGAAAAAUUUCUUUCACAAGAUAUUUGAGAGUCAUGCCCUCCAUCUUAACAUCAACCAUUUAACUGGCUUUGUGGAUUCCUUUCUGUUAAAAUGGCAACAGGAAACCCAAAAUCCAAAAACUGAAUUCCAUGAGAAGAACCUACUCUUUACCACGCUGGAUCUUUUUAGUGCUGGGACAGAGACAACAUCGACAACACUUUGCUGGGGCAUUCUUCUGAUGAUGAAGUAUCCUGAGGUUCAAAGAAAAGUCCAAGCUGAAAUCAAUAAAGUCAUUAGUCUUAGCCGAGACCCUCAAGUGCAAGAUCGAAAAAACAUGCCGUACACAGAUGCAGUAAUACACGAAAUACAGAGAUUUGCCAAUAUCGUGCCCAUGGGGUUGUCCCGCAGUGUUGCUGCUGAUACACAAUUUCGGGGAUAUGUAAUUCCUAAGGGAACAGAGGUGAUUCCUCUGUUGAACUCUGUCUUCAGGGACAAAACACAGUGGGAGACACCUCACCAGUUCAACCCUGCUCACUUUCUUGAUACCUCUGGAAACUUUGUCAAGAAAGACUGCUUCAUUCCUUUUGGCCUAGGGAAACGUGCUUGUCUUGGAGAAUCCCUAGCUAGGAUGGAACUCUUCCUGCUCUUUGUAGGCUUCCUCCAGAAGUUUACAUUUAAGCCUGCUCCAGGGUUGGAGCCAGAAGACCUUGACCUAACACCUGAAAUCGGCUUCACCUUGACCCCAGCACCUCACUUAGUUUGUGCUAUCCCCUGGGAGGAAGUCCCUGGCUCUUAA